AUGAAUAUGUUGUCCAGUAUGUAUGAAUGCCGGCUCUCAGAACUGUAUGCUCAAAUACAGGGAAAACAUCGACAGACCCGCAAAUAUUAUUCUACCUACAAUGCUCUUUUGGAAAUAAAAGAGUUGAUGUUAAAGGAAACAUCUUUAUUGAAUUCGAUCAUUUCACAGUUUCAAGAGGCCUUCAGUAGCACUGAUGGUCGUAUAAAACUUGUUCGUUCCAUGGAAGGAAUUGUCAACGGAAGUCAACAGAAACUAGAAAAGGUUCGACUAGGACUUCAAGAAGAAGAGAAAAAUCUUAAUGACCUUAAGGAUAGGUAUGCUGCAGCAAUUGGUGAGCAAAAGCGCUGCUAUUCUUUGUUGAAAGCUUAUCAGGAAAAAUGUGCCAAGAAUGAGAGGUUUCGGCGUCAAAGUUCCAAAUGAAAAUUGCUUGACAUCUUUGAGGUUAAGUUGCAUGAAAUAUUUACAUCACAGUCAAAUCAGAACGGCAUGAUGGUACGACGAACUCACAUUACCAUGGAGAUGGAUGGGUUAACAAGAUUAUCUGCAGUUUAUAAACUGAUGCAUGAGCUGUGGUUAUGGGGUUAUGAUGAUUCACAUUUGUUGACUAUUAUUCUUACAAUUAAACAAAGCUUUCUUUAUGGCUGAGGUUUUGUACAGUUUAUCCUAAAACUGGAUAUCAUUCCAGUCCCCCAAAGGACGAGUAUUCUCCACUGGAUAGUUGAUAUUUUUACUAUUUCCAAAUGGUUGAAAAUUCUUAGUAUUUCUGUAACAUAAAAAAUGAUAAAUUCAUACUCGUGAAUGUUUCAGAACUAA